GCUUAUCGUUGUAAAGAUGGCGCCCGAUUUAAACGUGUGCUUUAGAGAUUUGUUUAUAUUUUGUGUUUAGAAGAUUUUCAGGACGGAGAAAAGUACAGAGACGUAUCGGAAUGGCCUAUCUCGCAAAUAAUGCUGUAAUUAAUCAAGAAAAUUCUUUAAUAUUUUAUAUUGUAUAUUAAAGAAUGAAUUUAAAUCAUUUUCCUGUUUUAACACAUCAAAAAUGCUACAAAGUGUAUAUUAUUUUUGUGGAAAGUUGUUCGUUUGGAAAGCUGAUAGUGAAGAAAUUAUAAUUAAGAAAAUUUGUAGAGAGGAAUGUGAAUUCAGCUUCAAAGAAGAAGAAAUUUUAACUUUUCCCAUUAAAAACUGUAUAAAAUGUGGAAUGACAGCUGCUGGGAAAUGUUUGAAAAAUUUAUAUGUAAUUGCUGAAAGCUAUACAGACUCAUUUGAAAUAAAUAUCUGCAGAAUUGAUAGAAUAAGUGAAAAGUGGCAAAUGAACGCUGUCGGAACUUUUCGGGCCGAGUGCUCGGUAUAUGAGAAUAUUUACAUUUCCGAUGAACCUUUAUUGCUGUGGACCGAAAAUAAUCUUCUGAAGAUAUUUAAGUGUGAGCCGAAUAACACAGUUUCUGCUAAUUCUUGUCUUAUACAAGUUGUUCCUUGUCAACAAAAUGUAGAAACACUUUUACAAGUCUCUGACAUUGACGUAAACAGUAAAAUUAAGUCUGUAAAUGGUGUGUUGUUAUUAUGUUGGAAGUGUGAGAAUGAAAUUUCUAUUGGACUUCUAGUUUGUUUGUCAGACGAAUUUAAACCCGUUCAUGUGUUACCCAUAGAUCAUUUUGUCCCCGAAAUUUAUAAAUAUAUUAUUUCUGCAAUUAAAAUAGAUUUAAUUGUAAAAAAUCAAGAUGAUCAUUGUUCAUGGGAUUUGCAUGAUGAUUCCAGUUUUAAUUGGUUUUCAAAUUUCACGAUAGUCUGUACAGAGAAGAAACAGUUCAUUUUAUUCAUUAAUGGUGCUAUAAAAUAUAGUUGCAAUAUACCGUAUUCGGAUAUUUAUGAUAUUUCAAAAUUUGAUUACUGUUUGAAUUUAUUUCAAACAUUUUAUAUUUUACAGUCGUUAAAAGGAUCGUGUGCUAUAACAAAAUGUGAUCAUUUAGGAUUACUUAAGAUCCAUUGUUGUUGGGAUGAUUCGUUGACUGUCCUUUCAGGUGAUUUCUGUCAAAGAGGAUCACUUCAGUUAAUGAUUUUUACAAAUUUUGAGCCAGAAUUAAUUACUGAGACUUGUAUCAUAACAGAUAUAUUUACCAUAUAUUAUCCAAGACAUAUAGAAAGUUUGGAAAGAUUACAAGAACCUGAAUGUUCUUAUGCUCUGGAAGGAAUGAAAAGAAGACUUAAGGCAGGCAAAAUGACAUUGUCUGAAAUCCAUAGCAAGCAGAUUGAUCUACAAAGAACAAUAGAAAAAGUGUUUAACACAUUAGAAAGCAACAAUUUGUGUGAUGAAGGACAGAAAAUAAUUGAUAGAGAGCUUAUUGAUUUGACUGCAUCAAAAACAAAGCCUUCUCCCUCAUUAGAGAAAAGACUAUGCUCAGAUGCUAUGUCGAUAAUAGGAAAAUGGAACGUGUUGUUGAAAGAUCAUUGGAUAUUAGGAUGGAGUUUAUUAAAUCAAAAUGAUGUGUUUAUUUUGGAUAUUAAUGUCCAUUUGUACCAUGAAAAAGAAAUCAUAGAAUAUAAAUGUAAGUGGUACAAACAUCAUUUGGCAAAUAAUCAAUGCUGGUUUGACUUUGCUCAAAAUAAAAUUGAAAACAUGGAGUUUAAGCGGGGAGAUGUGUUUUCAGUAGUGGCUUCCAUUCCAUUAUCCAUUUUUACUGGAUCAACAAUUUGUGUAAUAUCAUAUGUAAAAUGGAAGACUAAAUCGAUAUUUGAGCCAAGUAUAAGUGAAAAGCACACGCCUCUUCAAUGGAACGUAUUGAAUAUUAAAAACAUUUUUGAUGAAAAUAGUUUUAAAGGUUUAAAUUUUGAACAAAAAUUAAUGUCAUUAAGAAUUCUUCAAGAAAACAGGAUAAUUGGCAUAACUUCUUCACACACUGAUCUGUCAUGGUUAGAAAGAAUGUUAUUCAAAUCUCUUAACUUGGAAGUAAAUUGUACAAAUGAAAAUUUCUCAUCAAAAGUAUAUAUUUUUAUGAAUCCCUGGAAUCCAAUUUUUGGUGGAAAUUUCUCAGUGAGAUUAUUUUCUCCAAAUAAAGCAGAAAUUAAUUUUUAUUUUAGGGAAACGACUCAACUUCUAAUUUUUAUUCGUUGGCUUCAAGAUUUGCUUCCCGAAGAUAUUAAUAUUCAUGCUGUCAAAAACGUUAUUAACGUCGAUAAAGAAAAUCCAAAUUUGAAUUCAUCAUUAAAAGAAGAAUUACAAUUAAUAUUAUCUUUUGUACAUGAAAAUUCUGUUAAAAACAGUGAAAGUUGCCAACUGGAUGCACAAUUAAGUCACAUGUGUUUAGAUAAUGCGGUGUUAGAUUUUAAAGAGUAUUGCAAUUUCAGAUUUAAGUUACUAGAAAAAGAACUUGAAACUGAUGAAAUUGUUGCUCAGUUGAGUUUAUGAAGAUAUUUUAAUUCUUGUAUUUUAUGAAUUGUAAUCUUUGUAAAUUAUUUUUAUAUUAUAAACUGUAAUAAAUAAUAAUGUAAACAGUUUUUUAUACGUUAAAUAGUUUUAUAUGAAAAGAAUAAUAUAAUUAUACUGGGUGAUUUGAAAGUUUCCAUACAAAUAAGUGGAAAUAAAAUAAAAUUUAAUAUUUUUUCUAAUUAUAAGAAAAGUGGAAAUUUAAAAUAUUAUUUUACUGUUAAUAUUUAACUUUGGUUAUGACCUUCUUCAAAAUUGUGUACUAGAGCAAUGCUGGAGUACAGUAUGUUAUCUAAUAUUUCUUUGUCUGGAAAUAGGUUGUAAAUUUUAAUAUGUUUUCUACAUAAUUAAAUCGUUUCAGAUAUAGGAUGUUCUCCUUGAAUGUUUGUAGUUUUGUGAAUAAAUGUGUGUCAGAGAAUGUCUGUCAACACUCCAAUUUUUAUGUGCAUACACUUGAAAGAGCUGCUGCUGCCACACGGUGACAAUUUAGACAUGCAUUGCCAUUACUGGGACCCCAUUUCUUAGUCUGCCCAAUUGUGAGGUUAGCCGACUGGUGUAGAAAUGUCAGGACAAUUGAGUGGUCAACACUGUGGUGUGGGAGUGGAAAUACUCACUGAGGCAGGCUUUCCAUCUUUUAACCCGUUUAUUAUGUACACAAAAGUUUCUUACAACGUUUUGCAAAGUUGCGAUGUAACACAGCUCAGGGAAUGAAUGAAAUGUCAACUCAAGAGUCUGACAUUCAAUUAAAAUGCCUCAUUGUCCUUGACUUAAUAAAAUAUAAAUUUUUGUCUACAAGUACAUAU